CAUGACACUUAUGCUGACUAGGUUUAAGCAGCUUGGUCCAGUACCAAAUGCCGCUCUCCAUACCCACCAGGAGAACGAGGGCCAACCAUUGUCAAUUGCGCAGAAACAGAGUAAUGUAACACUGGAUCUUAGCUAGGCAGGUGGCUCGAUCGCUCAUGCUCAUUCGACACCGUGCCGGGAAAGCUAAUAAGUGUCACAAUUGCUGCUCCGUCGGUGUCCGAUAGUGUUGCAAGCUCCGUAUCGGCUUAAGUACACGCGCGAGUCCCGCCAUGUUGGCUUGGACUUCUGUCAUCUUGGCAUCACAACUCAUUGGGUUGCCAAGUGCAUAAACAACAUGGCUUCACGGGCUGCAUUCGCCUUCUUGGCUUUCGCCACUGUGGCGUCAGCAGCGACAUGCUCAAGCGUCAUUGAGAGUUGCUCAUCAGCCGCCAGCUCGUCGACAAACACCUGUUGUGUCAACAAGCCCGGGGGGUUGAUGUUGCAGACUCAGUUCUGGGACACGGAUCCUGUGACGGGGCCAGCAAAUUCGUGGACUAUCCAUGGACUUUGGCCCGACAAUUGCGAUGGCACAUACGAAGAAAAUUGUGAUUCGUCUCGAGAAUACACCGGUAUCACUAGCAUUCUGCAGAAAUUCGGCAAAAGCGACCUUGUGAGCUACAUGAAUACGUACUGGCAGAGUAACUCGGAAACUCCCGAGGAAUUUUGGGAACACGAAUGGUCCACCCAUGGCACCUGCAUCAGCACACUUGAUCCCGAUUGUUACUUGAGUUACACGACUGGACAAGAAGCGGCAGAUUUCUUCCAGACGGUGGUAGACUUGUUCAAGUCCUUGGACACAUACACAGCACUCGCCAGCGCCGGUAUCACUCCUUCCAGCUCCAAAACCUACACAUCCUCGGCAAUCCUGGCUGCACUGGCAAAGGUGACAGGCAAGACUGUCGUGAUUCUGUGCGAUAACAGUGAACUGUACCAGAUCUACUACGGGUUCUACGUCGAUGGGCCCCUUGUGAACGGAGACUUUAUCCCAACGACGAUUGCCGGAUCUUCUUCCAACUGCCCGUCUUCUGGCAUCAAGUACCUGCCCAAGUCAGGAGGCUCCACAAGCCCAACUAGCACCAAGACCACGACAGCCCCAGCACCAACGGGCACCGGGUCAUUCUCGGGCACAGGGUACUUGAACGCGUACUAUAAUGGAGCCAAGGACGGAUGCUUGAUCAGUGCCGGGACAUGGUACUCGACGGGCACUUGCGCCACAUACACCGCGGCUGCAUCUGGGGCGGGCUUCACUCUGAAAAGCUCGAAGGGCACGUGCGGGGUGGUGAGUGGUGCUAUCACGUGUGGUUCUGGGGUGACUGCCACCGUUUUCACUGCUUCGGGCGGAAAGUUGGCCUACAAUGGGCAGACCACCUUUUACUCGACCGUGGUGCCAACGGGUUCAACUCAAGCAACUGUGUAUACAGCUUCGAAAACGUACUCGGUGUCAUUCCAGUGGCAGAGUAUAUGAUGAGUGGGAAGAGGAUUUGCCUAGGUUUCCCGAGCUCGUACAUCGGUCAGCAAUUAUGGGUGAAUUUAGCUGGACAGCUCUAUGAUCCACAAAUAGUACUUGAGAAAUAGUAUUUGAGAUCAGCCAUCAAUGCCUACAAUCCACUACCGCUACAUCGCCUCUAAUGGCACAACCACCGCUAGUCACCAUUCUCUCGCGACUCACUCUAUCACGAGCAGAGCAACCCUCAUUUAGCGUUAAUACUAUAUGGAAUUAGCGAGUCCCAUCG